CGGUCAGGACCGCAGUCUGGCUCUUUUCAAUCAGUGUUUAAUCAGAACACUCAGCUGAAUGAAAUGUCAAACAACAGCGCCGGCAGCAGUAACCUGAACUCUCUGGUCCUUCACCAGAGAGCUGUGAAGCAGCUACGGCUGGAGGCGAGCGUCAGGAGAAUCAAGGUAUCACUAGCUGCAGCUGACCUAAAGGCCUUCUGCUUACAAAAUGCCCAUAAGGAUCCUUUGCUUGUGGGGGUUCCAUCCAGUGAUAAUCCCUUCAGGCCUCCCAAAUCCUGUGCUCUCUUCUAAGUCUAUGCCUCUCUCUCUGAACAGAAGAAAGGACAAGGUGUUAAAAACAAAUCCUAUUACUGUCUUCAUUCACUUUAUAAUGAAUGGUGUGAACUGUGCAGUUGGAUCAACAUUGCUUUUACAUUGACUAGCAUCGUCAAUAUACUGUAUAGGUGUUUCCUGUAAUUUGUCCUUAUUAAAACUAGUGAUUUUUUUUAAAUUCUUUAAUUUGUCAAAAUAAAGCCUGAGAUGAGAUGAUUAAAUAAUUAUCAGACACCUUAUUUUAUUUUAUUUUUAACAUUUUAUGUGUCUGCAUGUCUUUGCAUUGCAUUUCCUUUUGAGGAGUAAAUUAAUUAAAUAUAGCAAAGAGAAAUGUUUGGAUGCCAUGUAUAAAGUUUGGUAUCACAAGCAUGAAACACUACUAUCCUUCCAGGUCAUUUAAGAAAGCCAUAAACUUUUAACUAUAUUUCUUUUUUUUUUUUUUUUUUUUUUUGCAACACACAAAAACAAUCUUGGAUAUUAUUAGACUUUAUAGGUCUUAAUCUGAUUGUUUUUUAACUGCAACAAAAACUCUACUGUAUUGUAUAAGGCAUAAUUGGUAUGUUGACCAAGUUUAAGGCCCUGUUGUUUAUUCAGAAUCAUAAACAAUGGCAACCACUGUGGGAAAAAUCUUUACUUGCUUUUAACUCAUGUUUUUGAUGAAAACAUGCUGCUUUGUAUUUAAAUAGAAGGCAGAUGUCUGUCAACUUGCAUCGGUUAAUCUUAUAAAUACACUUCCUUUGUGUAAACUCUUAGUAUGCCAAUAACACAAAAUAUAAACAUAAUAUGAUGAAAUAAAAUAUGGUAGCACCCACUUUAUGUUCUCCUGUCCAUCAUAGUUUCAAACAUUUUUAAUAACUGAUUGAAUGAGGAAUUCCUAAAAAGAUUUAUCUUAACGUAUUAUCUUAAAUAGUUCUAAUGACUUGUAAGUUUUCCUGUGUCCUAAUCAAAAUCCUGUGCAUUUUGUCCCCAAAAUGUGCAAGCAUAUAUAAAUUAUGGAAGGUUUGUGCAAACGUGUUUGAUUACAUCUUUUAAAUAAUAAGUGACUAUUUUUCUUUUACCUAAAUUCUGUCCAGUGGUGCCUUAACUUGUACUUGUGUAAUGUUAAAUCACAUGUCCAAUAAAGUUAUUUCAUGAUGAUUUA